AUGCAUGGCUUGCUACCAUGGAUGAAGAAGUUCAAGCUCUACAACAUAAUCUCACAUGGGUUUUGGUCCCUCGACCUACCAACAGCAAUAUUCUUGGUUCCAAAUGGGUGUUCCGGACCAAAUACCUGCUUCAUGGAUCCAUUGAGUGCUCGGGAUAUUCUGACUCGAGUACAGUUACUUGACAGCAAGCCUGUUCACACUCCUAUGGUUAUCUCUCAACAUCUGACUGGUGAUGGUCCUGCCUUUUUGGACCCCACUCUCUACAGAUCUCUAGUCGGCGCCCUUCAGUACUUAACCAUCACUCGCCCUAACAUUGCUCAUGUUGUUAACUCUAUCAGUCAAUUUUUGCAUGCCCCUACUACAGAUCACUUUCUUGCUAUCAAGCACAUUUUACGUUAUGUCAAGGGCACACUUCACUUUGGUCUUACUUUUCGCCCUUCUGCUACCUCUAGUGCCCUCGUUGCUUACUCUGACGUUGAUUGGGUUGGUUGUCCCGAUACUCAUCGUUCUACCUCUGGUUACUUUAUUUAUCUUGGUGAUAAUCUAGUUUCAUGA